AUGGACACCAAGCGAAAAGACGCGGCGGCGCUCGCUGACGAGCGAGAUGCGAAGCGCUCGCUCACAGGUCGAGCGUGGUCCGCCUCAGCGUCGGCGUCGCCGGCACCUGAGGACGUCAAGCUGUACUGCGUGUGCCGCCAGGCGUACGAUGACGACCGCCUCAUGAUGGCGUGCGACGUGUGUGACGAAUGGUUCCACGCGUCGUGUAUGCGCGUAGCCGAGCACGACGUCGAGCUCAUCGACACGUUUGUGUGUGCGCCGUGCGCUUCGCGCACGGCGCAGCGCACGUCUUUCAAGGUGCCGUGCGGCCAUCGCGCGUGCCGCCGCCCCGCCCGCCUGCCCAUGUCCCGCUACUGUUCCGACGCCUGUGGCCUCGCCGAGAUUCGCGCGCGGAUGGACGUGAUGCACGUCUCGCAAGAUACCCACCACAUUACGUGCGCGCCGAAAGACGCACGCCGCGGCGUCGUCAUGUGGAUGCACGGAGACCAGGCGCCCCGAGAGCCGCCACCCGGCACGAGCUGGGGCGCCUUUGUGCGGCAGCACGCGACGCGCCUCGACACGCGCGAGCACGAUACGGCGCAGCUGCACACGGAACUCAAACGGCUCGAGAGGCAGUGCGCGGCUCUGCACGCGAGCUUGGACUUGCUCAGCGUGCGCAGCAAACUGCUGCAGCACGCGGACGACCGGCCUGCUGGCUCCGCCUGUGGCUUCGAUGCGCGCCUGUGCAUGGACGACGAGGCGCUCGCGGCUUGGACCCUCUCGCCACAGGGCCGCGCCGUCAUGGCGGACCAGGACGGCGGCAGCGGCGCCGCGGACGUCUGCGACGUGCCUAAGCGGCAGUGCAAGCGGCACGCCGACUGGUCCGCCAUACGCGCAGCCGACCUCGAUGUGCUGCGCGACAUACAGACGGCGCAGCUGAGCGCACUAUCGGAGCGUUCGCAUGCGCUGCGCAUCGCUAUGGAGCUACACAGCUAG